AUGAUCCGAGAGCUGCAGGUGAGGUUAAAGUCUACCAAGCUCGAGGUAGCGGCGUUGCUCUCGACCGCUACUUCGCUUGAAGCGGAGCUCGCAACGGUCCGAGCCUCGCUCCAAGCAAGCCUCGACGUGAAGGAAGGCAAGGCGGCGGCGGCUGUCGAGCGAGCUAAGCGGGCCGAGAGGACCGUGCAGCAGCUCCAGCAACAGCACCAUCUCCACCAGCAGCAGCAGCAGCUCGAGCACCAGGAGCAUAUCGAGCACGAGCAGCGCAAGCAGCACGAGCAGCGCAAGCAGCACGAGCAGCGCAAGCAGCACGAGCAGGACCGCGCAGUGUUCCAAGCGCAACUAUCGUUGUGCAACAGCCGGGAACAUUCGGCCGUGUCGAACGCUGCCUCUGUCCAGGCAAGCCUCGACGUGAAGGAAGGAGAGACGGCGGCGGCCAUGGAGCGAGCCAAGAGGGCCGAGAGGGCCAAGCAUCAGCUCCACCGCCAGCACCAGUACCAGCGGCGGCAGCUUCAGCAGGCCCAGCAACCCCAGCACCAGCAGCAGCAACAGCGGCACCAGCAGGAGCUCUCCAUUGUUCGAGCCUCGCUUCAGGUCAGCCUGAACACCAAGAAAGGAGAGACGGCGGCCCCCGUAGAGCGAGCUAAGCGGGCCGAGAGGACCGUGCAGCAGCUCCAGCAACAGCACCAUCUCCACCAGCAGCAGCAGCAGCUCGAGCACCAGGAGCAUAUCGAGCACGAGCAGCGCAAGCAGCACGAGCAGCGCAAGCAGCACGAGCAGGACCGCGCAGUGUUCCAAGCGCAACUAUCGUUGUGCAACAGCCGGGAACAUUCGGCCGUGUCGAACGCUGCCUCUGUCCAGGCAAGCCUCGACGUGAAGGAAGGAGAGACGGCGGCGGCCAUGGAGCGAGCCAAGAGGGCCGAGAGGGCCAAGCAUCAGCUCCACCGCCAGCACCAGUACCAGCGGCGGCAGCUUCAGCAGGCCCAGCAACCCCAGCACCAGCAGCAGCAACAGCGGCACCAGCAGGAGCUCUCCAUUGUUCGAGCCUCGCUUCAGGUCAGCCUGAACACCAAGAAAGGAGAGACGGCGGCCCCCGUAGAGCGAGCUAAGCGGGCCGAGAGGACCGUGCAGCAGCUCCAGCAACAGCACCAUCUCCACCAGCAGCAGCAGCAGCUCGAGCACCAGGAGCAUAUCGAGCACGAGCAGCGCAAGCAGCACGAGCAGCGCAAGCAGCACGAGCAGCGCAAGCAGCACGAGCAGGACCGCGCAGUGUUCCAAGCGCAACUAUCGUUGUGCAACAGCCGGGAACAUUCGGCCGUGUCGAACGCUGCCUCUGUCCAGGCAAGCCUCGACGUGAAGGAAGGAGAGACGGCGGCGGCCAUGGAGCGAGCCAAGAGGGCCGAGAGGGCCAAGCAUCAGCUCCACCGCCAGCACCAGUACCAGCGGCGGCAGCUUCAGCAGGCCCAGCAACCCCAGCACCAGCAGCAGCAACAGCGGCACCAGCAGGAGCUCUCCAUUGUUCGAGCCUCGCUUCAGGUCAGCCUGAACACCAAGAAAGGAGAGACGGCGGCCCCCGUAGAGCGAGCUAAGCGGGCCGAGAGGACCGUGCAGCAGCUCCAGCAACAGCACCAUCUCCACCAGCAGCAGCAGCAGCUCGAGCACCAGGAGCAUAUCGAGCACGAGCAGCGCAAGCAGCACGAGCAGCGCAAGCAGCACGAGCAGCGCAAGCAGCACGAGCAGGACCGCGCAGUGUUCCAAGCGCAACUAUCGUUGUGCAACAGCCGGGAACAUUCGGCCGUGUCGAACGCUGCCUCUGUCCAGGCAAGCCUCGACGUGAAGGAAGGAGAGACGGCGGCGGCCAUGGAGCGAGCCAAGAGGGCCGAGAGGGCCAAGCAUCAGCUCCACCGCCAGCACCAGUACCAGCGGCGGCAGCUUCAGCAGGCCCAGCAACCCCAGCACCAGCAGCAGCAACAGCGGCACCAGCAGGAGCUCUCCAUUGUUCGAGCCUCGCUUCAGGUCAGCCUGAACACCAAGAAAGGAGAGACGGCGGCCCCCGUAGAGCGAGCUAAGCGGGCCGAGAGGACCGUGCAGCAGCUCCAGCAACAGCACCAUCUCCACCAGCAGCAGCAGCAGCUCGAGCACCAGGAGCAUAUCGAGCACGAGCAGCGCAAGCAGCACGAGCAGCGCAAGCAGCACGAGCAGCGCAAGCAGCACGAGCAGGACCGCGCAGUGUUCCAAGCGCAACUAUCGUUGUGCAACAGCCGGGAACAUUCGGCCGUGUCGAACGCUGCCUCUGUCCAGGCAAGCCUCGACGUGAAGGAAGGAGAGACGGCGGCGGCCAUGGAGCGAGCCAAGAGGGCCGAGAGGGCCAAGCAUCAGCUCCACCGCCAGCACCAAUACCAGCGGCGGCAGCUUCAGCAGGCCCAGCAACCCCAGCACCAGCAGCAGCAACAGCGGCACCAGCAGGAGCUCUCCAUUGUUCGAGCCUCGCUUCAGGUCAGCCUGAACACCAAGAAAGGAGAGACGGCGGCCCCCGUAGAGCGAGCUAAGCGGGCCGAGAGGACCGUGCAGCAGCUCCAGCAACAGCACCAUCUCCACCAGCAGCAGCAGCAGCUCGAGCACCAGGAGCAUAUCGAGCACGAGCAGCGCAAGCAGCACGAGCAGCGCAAGCAGCACGAGCAGCGCAAGCAGCACGAGCAGGACCGCGCAGUGUUCCAAGCGCAACUAUCGUUGUGCGACGGCCGGAAACAUUCGGCCGUGUCGAACGCCGCCUCUGUCCAGGCAAGCCUCGACGUGAAGGGAGGAGAGGCGGCGGCGGCCAUGGAGCGAGCCAAGAGGGCCGAGAGGGCCAAGCAUCAGCUCCACCGCCAGCACCAGUACCAGCGGCGGCAGCUUCAGCAGGCCCAGCAACCCCAGCACCAGCAGCAGCAACAGCGGCACCAGCAGGAGCUCUCCAUUGUUCGAGCCUCGCUUCAGGUCAGCCUGAACACCAAGAAAGGAGAGACGGCGGCCCCCGUAGAGCGAGCUGAGCGGGCCGAGAGGACCAUGCAGCAGCUCCAGCAGCAGCUCCAGCGACAGCUCCAAGAGCAGCAGCAGCAACCGGAGCAGGAGCAGGAGCAGGAGCAGCAGCUCCAGCCCGACCAUCCCGUUGUGUUUCUGACCGAAGCCACCGCUGACCGAACGCCGGGGGUGGCAGAGGAAUCCGACCUUCGUUCGCCCACCGGAGCUCGCCAUGCCCCUGGUUUCCAGGAGACACCCAAGCAACAGCUGUCGGGAGUUACGGCUAAAGCAAGCGUCGUCGCCGACAAGGACACGCUGGCCGAUGAGUUGGGACAGGAGGUGAAGCGGCUCCGAGAACAACUUCGUGAGCUGGAGGCGAAGGUAGGUACUUCUGCAGUGGGGCGGGAGUUGGGUCCGAUCGUGGGUGUGUCGUGA